GCUUCUUCAGUAGCAAAGACAGCUGACACUACUAACUUGGGAUCAGUUGGACGGCGAAAUGCAGCAGCUGAUCAGAGUAGCGCGGACGUUGGGUCAACGAUCGAGUGGCGCAUGGAGUGUGCGGAGAAUCGGAGGUGGUGAUAGGGGGAUCGCAUGCCUAGCUGCUCUCCCAGAAACCCACCAGAUUCUGCAGAAGACCUGCCGGGAGUUCGCCAAUGCGGAACUGGCUCCUAAGGCCCGUCAUCACGAUCGGGAGGAACUCUAUCCGGCAGAGCAGGUCCGUCGAUUGGGGGAGCUCGGUCUGAUGGCGGUGGCUAUAAAAGAGGAAUACGGCGGAUCCGGACUGGACUACCAGGCGUACGCAAUUGGCAUGGAGGAGGUGGCUCGCGGAGACGCAGCCGUAUCCAUUGUGAUGGGCGUGAAUAACCUAUACCUGGGUGCAGUGCAGCAGCAUGGAACCGAGGAGCAGAAGCAGGACUUCCUGGUGCCCUACACCCAAGGUGAUCACAUCGGCUUCUACGCAUUGUCGGAACCCGGAAACGGAUCGGAUGCAGGAGCUGCCAGCACCACAGCCAAGUUGAACGGAGACAACUACCUGCUCAAUGGAACCAAGGCUUGGAUAUCGAACUCCAAGGAGGCCAGCGGGGGAGUCGUCUUCGCUACCGUGGACAAGGCCCUGAAGCACAAGGGAAUCACUGCCUUCCUCACGAAAAAGGACGUUCCAGGACUCUCGAUUGCCAAGAAAGAGAGCAAGAUGGGCAUGCGGGCCACCUCGACUUGCCAAUUGGUGUUGGAGGAUGUCCAGGUGCCACAAAGUCAAGUUCUUGGAGCACCCGGCGAUGGAUUCAAGAUAGCCAUGCAGUCUUUGGACUGCGGUCGGAUUGGAAUUGCCGCACAGGCCACGGGAAUCGCACAAGCCGCCUUGGAAUUGGCCGUGGACUAUUCCCAAAAGAGGGUGGCCUUCGGAAAGCCGCUAGCCAAGAUGCAGCUCAUCCAGCAGAAGCUGGCCGACAUGGCCACUCGCGUUGAGGUCUCCCGGCUGCUCACCUGGCGUGCCGCCUGGCUGAAGGACAACGGACUGCCCAUGACCAAGGAGGCUUCCAUGGCCAAGCUGCAUGCCUCCGAGGCGGCCACCUAUUGUGCCCACCAGUGCAUCCAGGUGCUGGGCGGGAUGGGCUACACCACUGACCUUCCAGCGGAGCUCUAUUACCGUAACGCCCGCGUCACGGAGAUCUACGAGGGAACCUCGGAGAUCCAAAGGAUCGUCAUUGCCAACGCUGUUUUACGUGAAUUGGGCAGCGAGUGAUUGUACAUUAUCUUAUUGGAGCCCGAAAAGCCAGAAAACUUGCAUUUACUUUCAUGUGACAAACCCCUGUUAUUUUACUUAAUUGCUGUUAUUACCUCAUGCCAGACAAAUGCAUUUAAUAAAAUAUAUGUAUUUUUUAAAACUUUAUGUAAAUUA